CGCAAGUGGGAGCACCUGGAGUGUGAGCUCGGAACGAGAAUCCACGAAUUGUAAGAAAAAUGGCAGACAAGCCGGACAUGGGAGAAAUCGCCAGCUUCGAUAAGGCCAAGCUGAAGAAAACAGAGACGCAGGAGAAGAGCACCCUGCCGACCAAAGAGACCAUUGAACAGGAAAAGAGGAGUGAAAUCUCCUAAAAGCCUAGGAAGAUUUUCCCCACCCAC